GUGAGGGAUGCUGCUGGGGUGGGCUUGCCCGUUGCUAGCCUGUUAGCAACGUUAGCCGUGUCUGGUAAUCCUGACAGGAACACUCGUUUCUUUGCACCUUUUCGAACACGAUCAACCGGGGGAGAUAUGCCACAAGCCAUGGAGAGGAUGCAGCGCAUGUGGUCGUCUUUUGUAUACCCCCAAAUCAUCAGCUUUCGGUUAGAUGUCAAUGUCAUAGUUUGGGGCUAGGGCUGUCCACUUAGCUCAGCUAGCUUGUGACUGGUAAACGCAGGGCCAAAGCCAAGCGAGAAACGGGAAGGCCGUCGUCAUUCGCAGAGAAAAGUAAGGAGUUGGACGUUUGUUUUUGGAUCAGACCAGCCGUCGUUCCUAUCAUCUUCGUCCCGAUAACCACCAGCUGAGCCAUGUCUUCGUCAGGGUGCUGCCACCUACCCGGCUCCCUUUGUGAUUACUCCGGGAACACCGAACCAGAUUCCUCCAAGGAUUCGGAGGAGUCUGAUUCGACCACACAGGCCCAGUACAUCGCCAAGGUUACGGCUAAAGACGGCCGCCCACUCUCCACCGUUGUCAAAGCAGUGAACUUGCAGAGUGAUGUGGGCAUGUGUCGGAUUUGUCAUGAGGGCGCUGGAGGGGAGACUCUGCUCUCACCCUGCGACUGCACUGGCACUCUGGGUAAAGUGCACAAGAGCUGCUUGGAGAAGUGGCUGUCCUCCUCCAACACCAGCUACUGUGAACUCUGCCACACAGAAUUCACUAUUGAACGUCGACCACAACCACUCACACAGUGGCUGAAGGACCCAGGCCCUCGCAGUGAGAAGCGCACACUGCUGUGCGACAUGGCCUGCUUCCUCCUCAUCACGCCGCUGGCAGCCAUCUCUGGCUGGCUGUGUCUGAGGGGGGCCCAGGACCACCUGCAGCUGAAGAGCAGACUGGAGGCUGUGGGCCUCAUCGCCCUCACCAUCGCCCUCUUCACCAUUUACAUCCUCUGGACACUGGUGUCAUUUCGGUAUCACUGUCAGUUGUACUCGGAGUGGAGGAGGACCAAUCAGAAAGUGCGCCUGCUCAUGCCUGACAUGAAAGGGUCCCACACCACCCAACGAUCUGUGCCGACCAAGUCGACCAAGAAAAUGACUGAUGAGACCAUCGUAUGAGUGCAGAGCGGCGGCAAGAGGAAUAUUUAAAAUAACGCCCACUGAAGCGCUCUCUAAAAAACAAAAUUAAUCCUAUUAAUAAACGUUUGCACUUUGUAAGGACCAUUUUGAGAGGGGGGAGAAACUUUCUUCUUUUUUUUUUUUUUUAAGCACUUGAACUACUACGGUAUUGGCCGACCACAAAAGUGGUUUUGGGAAGAACUCAUUCCGGAGAUGGUGUUGAAACACGUAGUUGUCAAACGGAUGGCCGGCGCUGAGAACGACUGAAGACAUGGAUAGCGGACGGACCAGCCCAACUGUGUGUCCCGGACACAAACUUAUGAAUUACUAAGACACAAGCUAAUGUAGCAGGAUAUAACUGAUUCAGCAUGCUACUACAGUAUAAUAUUAAACAUAUUCACUACCUAUAAUUCCCCCAUGCCCUUUCACAAUGUAUUUAGCUCUUUUUAAACAAUGGGCAGCCAAUAGCCCGGCAGAGGAUAAUAACCUAAAAACAUGAUUGACAAAGUCUAUCUGUGAAUACUCCUCCCUGACAUGUAGAGGGCAACAGGCGCUCAUACCGACGGUGUUUUCUACGAUCUGAACCCCUCUGAAGUUUCCUGGUAAAGCUUUAUCAUUGCUGUAGGAACGGCGAAAAUCUAUUUUCCUGUUUAGACAACAGCUAAGGCUUCAUAUUUAUAUUUAUCACACAUGUCACGGUGUCAGUGGAGAUAACAGUAUGUGGGAUAACUGCGCCCGUUGAACGGCAGUGCAGUGCUGUGUAAGGAAAAAGUAUUGAAGGUGUGGAAACGUGUUUACAUUCUAAUUGGAUAAUGUCUACUUGUCAUAAGAGUGCAUUUGCAACCAGCCCAGCUCCACUUGUAAAUGCAUUAUUCAUUAAUUGAGCUGCCUAGCAAUGACCAGCAGAUGCAGUGUAAAUAUGAGUCACAGUGUUCAGGAUUGCAAGACUACAGACUUUUGUUCAAUAUAAAAACACGAAGAUGUAUCGGAGCAGGCUGUAAAAGAAAUUGUGUUUUGAG